AUGCACUUCAGUAUCCUUGACGCCGAGGCGUACUUGGGUUUGGCAGGCGUAGGAGCCAUCUUAACUGUAGUCAUCGCAGCCGCCAUCAUCACGGCUGUUCUCGCAAGCCUCGCCUUCCUCAGAGCCAACCGUCAUGAAGAUGAUGCGCGAUCUGGCGUCCCCUGGUUCAAGGCCGCGGGUGCCCUAGGUUCUCUCUGGCUUGUGACUGCCAUUGUGAGCCCAGUAACGGAAUAUUUCUUGAGGCAAGGCCGUCCUACUGGUAGCGGUGAUAGCUCUGCCUUCGAGUUUGGAAUGGAGCAGUUUCCAAUCUUCACCAAUUUUUUCAUGUAUACUGCCUUUACCACGUUUCAGGUUGCUCAAAUCGAGUUUACCAUAGGUUUGGAUUAUGCCUCCAUCUUAUCUCGCGAGCGGGAGGUCAGUGGCUUUUUUGACGAAGCUUCUCCUGUACCCCACAUCAUUGGCCUAGUCGUAUACAUCUGCAUCUUGGUUAUCAACGCUGCCGACCUCGCUUGCUCGGAACUGUACUAUUCAGGUGUUGAUGCUGCUUUCUGGCCCAUGAAGAUGACUGCAUUGUCUCUUGAUGCUGCUCUGUGGCUUUUCUCAAUUGGUGGUCUUAUCAGCACAGCUUGCCAGCACUACGCGGCACCUCAGAAGCGACUUUGGAGGAUAUUGAUGGUCAUGAACUCGGUAACAGCCUUACAUCAUGGGGGCCUCACUAUUCUGGCUGGCUUUUAUGGCGUCGCCAUCGCUCAGGAGAACGUGACGUACUUGUCUACCUUCAUCUCCUACGCUCAGCUCAUUUUCAGCUCUUGGAUGUUUGUCCUCUGCUUGAGUAUUGGCUAUGGUGUCUCUGUCAUGGCGCAUAAGAAUGGCGGCUUGUGGACGAAAGACAUCUCUUCGCAUUUAUCCCUUGAGGAAGCUAAACUCCUCUGUCUGGACUGA